UUUAAUAUAAAGGAGGUUAAGAUGUGUGCCCAAGCUCUGAUCAAGAAACCACGAAUCACUUCACAAUUAACAAAUAAAUACAUCGGUAAAGAAGUGAUACUACUUGGGACUGUUAGAAACAAAAGUUCGAACGGUAAAAAUUUAGAAAUACUAUCAACCGAUGGCGGAGCUAUAAAUGUAACUAUACCGGAACCUAUUGAUGGGAAUGUCGAAGGUUACAUUGAAGUGCAUGGUAUUCUUCAAUCGAGAACUACAAUGAAUUGUAGCAGAUACAUAAUAUUUCCUCCUGAAAUAUCGAAUGAAUUCGAUGAGUCUGCUUACAAAGAAAUGGCAACGCUGAUAUCCUUACUAGGAGAUAGAGUGUGAAGACAUUAUUAACGUGUGUUAAGCUUAUUAUUCAAAUGAAUGAUAUAUUACAAAUGUAAUAAACUUUUUAUUUUCUGUAAGAAAGAAUUGAUUUUCUACUCCUAUUAAUAUGAAAGUGAAAUUGAUCAUAUAAAAGAUAAACAGAUUAAGAUCUGCUAUUUUGUAAAAUAUACAGAAUCAAAAUAAAUUCUUGUACUGGAUUCUCA